UUCAUAUGCAGAGAAAACAGUCAGAUUGGAGUGUUUUAUUUUGUUGACGUUCUGCACUAGCAAUGAAGCCCAGAAUCAUGUUUUCCACUGCUUCCCGAUGACCACAAAUAUUACUGGAAAAAUCAGGAACUCAUUAAAUCAGAAUCAGCCUUGAAUACAACUUCUCGAAACCAAGAUUUCCGCUUGACGGAUGGGUUAACCUAGCAGUUGCAUUGCUCCAAAGAAAGCCCUCAAAAAAUCCUCAAAAUGCCAGACACAAUGGAAGACGACAUGGGGAUGUCAGUUCGGCUGACGAACGACGACUUCCGCAAGCUCCUGAUGACUCCGAGGGCCUCAGUCCCCUCAUCGACCCCAGCCUCCUCGAUCCCAGGAACAGCGAGGGAUGCAGCAGCAAAAACCGCCCAGACCCCGUCAGUGAGUGGCCCAGACAGAGCUGAGGCUCGACGAAAGAAGAAGAGCUACUACGCCAAACUCAAGAAGCAGGAGGAGGACAAGAUGGCAGAGCUCGCAGAGAAGUACAGAGAUCGUGCCCGAGAGCGAAGGGACGGCAACAAUGGAGAUUACCAGGCUGAAGACCCCAUGAACAAUGCUAACGCCUACAGGGCUGUUGCUCCUGAUUUAAAGUCUGGGAUGGACGCCGCCGAGAGGAGGAGACAGAUGAUCCAGCAGUCCAAGUUCUUGGGAGGUGACAUGGAGCACACUCACUUGGUCAAGGGCCUCGAUUAUGCUUUGUUGCAGAAGGUUCGCAGUGAGAUAGAAGCCAAAGAGACAGAGCAAGAGCAGGAAAUGGAGAAGCUGGCGAAGCCAAAAGACCCAAAGCCGAAAGAGGAGAAGAAGCCGGAGAAGAAGCCCGAGGAGACCCAAUUCAAGACGAAGAUCGGUCGCAACAUUCACAAAACAAUAAUGAUAAUGAAGUCUAAGACAGUGGAGCGAAACGAGCUGUUCACGCCAGGGCGAAUGGCCUACGUGAUAGAGUUGGACGACGAGAACGCCGAGGUGGACAUCCCCACGACGCUAAUCCGGAGUAAAGCGGACGUUCCAACGGUGGACACGACGCCCACGCUGACGACCAACGACAUAGUGAUCAACAAGCUGGCGCAGAUCCUCUCGUACCUCCGCCAGGGCAGCAGGCAUGGCAAGAAGGGGAAGAAGAACAAGGACGGAAGGUCGAGACCUGACGAGGGGGAGCUGGAGGUGGGGCCGAGGGCACCAGCUGACGACAGCAUCUACGGGAACAUCGGGGAGUACGUCCCCAACGUCUCCAAGAAGGAGUCCGCAGGCGCCUCCAGACGGGAGAAGAAGACUUCCUACUUCAAUAAGCCAGAACCGAGUGCUGGGGACGACAAAGCCAAUGCCCCCCAGCUCCCGGCGAUCCUGACGGCUGUUAUGGAGGCGGCUGGCACCUCCGGCCCGAAGAAGGGCGCUCUGCUGAAUAAAUUGGCUGCUGAGCCCGAGGGCUACGCCGAGUGCUACCCAGGCCUCGAUGAAAUGCAGGACGCCAUCGACGACUCCGACGACGAGGUCGACUACACGAAGAUGGAUCUGGGGAACAAGAAGGGACCCAUCGGGCGCUGGGACUUUGACACCCCUGAGGAGUACAGCGAGUACAUGAAUAAUAAGGAGGCACUGCCCAAGGCCGCUUUUCAGUAUGGCGUCAAAAUGGCUGAUGGCAGGAGGACUAGGAAGUAUAAUAAGGAGAAGAAUGAGAAGGCCGAACUCGAUAGGGAGUGGCAGAAGAUACAGAAUAUUAUGAAUAAGAGGAAGCCGUCUGGCGGCGGGGAGGGGGCACCGGAAUUCAAGGUGCCGAGGUAUUAGGUGAGUGGACGUGGGGAAAGGGGAUAGGGGGUUUUCUGGGAGAACUCUUGCGCGGGAGUUUGCCGAGUUUUUUAGUCUUGUUAUUCGGGAAUUUUGUAAUGAGAAAUAGGAAAAUGGGGAAUUUGAGCUCGAGAAUUUUUGGAGGUGGAAAAGAUUUCAGGAGAAUAAUUGAGGUGAAAAUUUAAAACUAUUGGCAGACUCGAGGUUUUUCUGUUGGAUUUUUCCACGCGGGGGGGAUAAUGUAAAAUAGAGAAUAAAGAGUAGUUGACAAUUGAAUUCAUUGGUGAUUUUUUUCAUGUCUCAUUGAAUGUUGAAUUGAUGAUGAGGGAUUUUGGGAGAAAAUGAAUUUAAGUGAAUCGCCUCGAUGUGUUUCUUUCAGUACUGCAGUGAGUGAUUUUUUUCAUGAUGUACAAAUACAUUGUUAACUUGUCGAGAUAAAUCUUUUAUUGAAACUCAUCUAUGUAACAGUUUUACAUAAGGUAAAUCCUAUAAUCUAUGUACACAUAACGAAUAAUCAUCGACUUUCGUUGUUAAA